AUGGCGUCGCGGGAGAACAUGAGCGACUAUCGCUCCAACUCUCACGAUAGCUUGCGCAACGGCAUGCCCUCCCCUCGAAUGGAACAUUUUGCCGGCGCUGUCCCUCCGGCACUGUCUCCGCUCGACGCGCUCGCCGCCCAGGGCCGAUUUCUCGCCAAACAACUCGAUGAGUCCCGCCAAAAGGACCGGCGCAUGAGCCGACUGCCGCCUUCCAGCGUGGCGCGAUCGCUGUCCCAACCCCGACCGGGCUUCUUCCGAUCGCCCUCCUCGAAUGAUUCCUCUCGCGGUGAUGGCCUCACUCGCCAGCCGACCCAGAAGGGCCUGCCGGAGGUCGAGGAGCCCAAGUAUCGCCCCGUGUCGGAACAUCCCCGGUUCAGUUCGGUCUCCCACGCUGGCUCCGAUGCGGGCUAUACCGAUGCUAGCUACCGGGACAGCUACCGUGAUAGUUAUCGCGACAACGAUGCCACGCCCCGUACGACGAUGCUUCAUGGGGCUAUGGAUGACUAUGCCUUGCCGCGCGCGGAGUCUCCAGAAGAGGACCUGUCGCUGCAUGAAGGACAGGAGGUUGCUCCAGUGGGGAUGGCAUACCCGUUGCGGCAGCCGUCGACGGACUCUACACAGUCAAGACUCCAUAUUCCACGGACACUGGCACCACCGCCAGCGUCGCCGUACUCAAGACCCUCGAGUAGUGCCCGGGUGACACACGAGAGCUCCGAUGACGACUACAGCAGCUCCAAUGCCGGUUCGACCUUCUCAAACCCGCGAAAGCUUUCAUCUGGAAGCACUGCGUCGAUGCCGUACUCGCCCAUGUCAACUUUCCCCGCACGGCCGCACCCUCGCUCACCGUCGUUGAGCUCAGAGACCUCCACCACUGGCCCGAAUCACCUGCCGCGGCCCUCGUUCAAUUUCUCCCGUCCGCUGAGCCGGUCGAGCACCAGCUUGUCUGGCCAGAUUACUCCCGAGCCUACCUCAGCACCGCAGGCAAACAACAUGCACCGUGCCAGUAAACCGGCCCCGAUCUCUGUGCCUCUGGCUACUGAAGACAUUGGCGGAAACCAAUUGGCCGAACAGGACCCAAAUUCCGCCGUGGCCUCGUAUACCUAUUCCAAGUAUUCACUUCCACGUGGGCGAAUGGUCUCGAGAAACUCGGUGAUCUUCGCGGGACUGCAAACACCGCAUUUCGAAUGGCAGGAGCCACUGUUUGAGAAUUCGCCUCCUCCCCGUCACUCCGAGGAGCCUAUGCGGGCUCGCACCCCGUCUCCUUCCCCGCGCCCCCCUUUUGCGGAGUCGCCUAAGGCUCACUCAAUGCACGAGGUACCCGCUACCGUGCCUCAACGAACCUUUCCCAAGCGAACUGAGCCUGCCCCUGCUCCGGCUCCGGCUCCGGCUGCGGAUCCACCACGUCCCUCCGUGGAGACUACCAUGUCUAAUCCGCCACCGCAGCAAAGUAACGAUAAGGAUGAGACUGCCUCGUCAGUAGGCUCGGCUAGCACGCUGCGCCCUCAAACCGCUCGCACCACUCAGUCGUCGGCUGCUGCCCUCUCGGCGGAUGACCAUGUCUCCAAGGGAAUCGAAUGUCACGAGAAAGGAUCGUUGAACGAGUCCACAUAUCACCUGCGGAUUGCCGCAAAGCAAAACCAUCCCACGGGAAUGCUACUAUAUGCGCUUGCUCUCCGUCAUGGAUGGGGCAUGCGCCCCAACCAGACCGAGGGUGUGCGCUGGUUACGCAAAGCGGUGGACUCGGUGGGAUUGGAGAUGCUGGAAAACCCCGAUGCGCCGGGCGCGGCCUACGCGAAGCAAUUGCAGAAGGCUUACCGGGCGCAGUUUGCCUUGAGUAUUUACGAGUUGGGCGUUAGCCACCUGAACGGGUGGGGCAUCGAGCAGGACAAAGCGUUGGCUUUGCGAUGCUUCGAGAUUGCCUCGCAAUGGGGUGAUGCUGACGCCAUGGCGGAGGCAGGCUUCUGUUACGCAGACGGUGUCGGUUGCAAGAAGGACCUGAAAAAGGCCGCGAAGUACUACCGGCAGGCCGAGUCCAAGGGUAUGAACAUGGUUGGAAACAGCUGGAUCUACAAGGACAAAUAUAUGGGCGACGAAGAGCCCAACACCCGCUCCCGUGGGCGUCACGCCGGCGAGGAGAAGAAUAAGCCGCGGAGUAAAUCGCGGACUCGCAGCAUCUUCCAGCGGAAGAAGUCAAUCGUGCCCGAGGCAUAG